AUGGAGUAUAUAUUUGCCGAUCCUGGCACCACCACCACCAAACCACCACCACCACCACCAMAACCACCUCUCCUACUCACCGCCUGGCCAAUGGUGCUGAAGCCGAUAGAUAGAUUAAAUGCAUAUUGCUUAGGUAAUGCUUACAUAGACACUAAUGCUUUCCAGAAAGAUGAUGAGCCUGUCGAGUUGACCGCUUGUAAUGUAUUGGAUAAUGGUAAUGGAUCUAAUUCUAAUAAUGAAACUAGUAGUACUGGUGAUUUUAAGGACGAGGUAGAGGAAGAGAGAGAACAAGAAAAUGUAGUUGAUAAUAUUGUUCAAUUACCUUCAAGUUUACUACAACGACCUGAUAACCCCAGUGAUAUAUCAUUAACUAAAAGUGAUAAACCAGUACAGCCUGAAAAAAUAUUUCCUGCUACCAAUGGUCGAAGGUUUUCUAGUAAAUUCUAUGAAAAGCACAAUUGGGUAGAGUAUUCAGUGUUAAAUGAUUCAUUAUUUUGUUUUCCGUGUCGUCACUUUGCUGCUAACCUUACAGCAUCUGGACAAACUACAGACCAAAAAUGUUUUGUUGAUUAUGGUUCUAAAUGCAAAAAUUGGAAAGAAAUAACAAAAUGUUUAUCUAAGCAUAGUAGUUAUGAAAGACAUAUUAUUUCUACACAGCGUUGGUAUGAUUAUCAACUAGUUCAAACAAAUAAUAAACAUUCUGUAGCAAACCAACUAAUUAAUUUUAGAAAACAAAACAUUAUUGAAAAUAGAAGCCAUGUACACUUUUUAUUUAAGGCAGCACUUUAUUUAUCCAAACAAGGUUUAGCCUUUCGUGGACACAUUGAGUCUGAGUUAUCAAAAAAUAAAGGAAAUUUUAUUGAAAUCUUAGAAAUGUUUGCAAGUGAUGAGAUGAAGUUACGCUUACAGGCCCGGUAUGGUCACUAUACUAAUCCGGUGUAUCAAAAUGAUUUUAUUCAAAUUAUUGCCACAUUAACAAGACAACACAUAUUAGGUUCAAUAAAUACAUUUGGCGUUUACACUAUCAUGGUUGAUGAAACAAAGGAUUUAUCCAAAAAAGAACAAAUGAGUUUUUUAUUAAGAUUUGUGGAUAAUGACUUAAACAUUUGUGAAAAAUCAAUUGGCCGCUAUCACAUGACAAAUUCAAAUGCUAUGAGUUUAGCAAGUGAAAUAUUCAAAAUAUUGUCUACAAAUAAAUUAGACAAAAUGAACUGUAUUGGGCAAUGUUAUGACGGUGCUUCCGUUAUGAGUGGGAAAUUUUCAGGAGUUCAAGAAAGAAUAAGGUAUGAGCUUUUUGUUAAGGCUCAAAAAGAUAAAAAUCUUGAUGGCAUCCAUUUAGAAAGAUUGAUAGAAACAAGAUGGGCAUAUUGGUACACAUGA